AUGCUUGGCUCACCGCCCGGCAACCCCAAACUCUUGAAGUCCCAACUACACGCGCGCACAAGAUAUCUUCGUCAGUUGACCUUCUUUGGUCGUACCUUGACAGAACCACGACUCAUCAGUUCUGCAAACUACGUGCGGACUGAGCUACCUACUCGCCUUGCGCAUCGUCUACGCGACAUCCAACAGCUACCAUAUGUGGUGGUUGCCAACCCCCAUCUCACCCUUGUAUACGAACUGUACUACAAAGCAUUUGAGCGGGCUCGGGUUGUUCCUGAGAUCCGGACCCUUGAGGACAAUGACCGUUUCUGUGAAAUCCUGAAGGAAAUGCUACGAGAGCAUCUGAUUGCGAUUCCCAACCUGGCAAUGGGAGUGCUGGAAUGCCGCAAUCUCGCUCCAGCGGACGAAAUGGACCGGUUAAUGAACACACUUUUGCGAGCGCGAAUCUCUCGUCGAGUCAUCGCAGAGCAACACCUAGCUCUGACCGAAACCUUCAACUCGCCAUGGCAUUUCCCUGACUCCCACGACCGAACUGACAUGAAUGCAGACUUUGUGGGCGAAGUGUUCCUAAAGUGCAAGGCGAAGGAGGUAGUCGAGCGAUGUGGGAAAUUCGCACAAGAUCUAAUGCGGAAGAUAUCAGGGUCGACCCAGAUCCCCGCGAUCACCGUCAAGGGCCAUGCCGACGCGACCUUCCCGUAUAUCUUGAGUCACUUGGAAUAUAUCAUCGGAGAACUUCUCCGCAACUCAGUGCAAGCUGUGAUGGAGAAAUACCAGGAUUCAACCCAACCCCCACCACCCAUCGAAGUGCUCGUGUGCGAGACCCCGCAGCAUGUGAUAAUGCGCAUAUCUGAUCAAGGAGGAGGUAUCCCUCGAGAGAUUCUGCCAUACCUGUGGUCCUUUAGCAAGGGCCCUCGCACGCAAUCCCGACUGGAAAAUCUUGGACAGGUUCCUGCGAUGGCAGCGACGAUGCAAGAACUGCAAGUGUCACACGACCGCAAACACACUGACCGGGAAUCAUACCAUGAGGGAUCCCUGGACACAUUGACAUCACGACCGCCCAAUCUCCGUCUGGGCAUGGGCCUCCCUAUGAGCCGAGUCUAUGCUGAAUAUUGGGCAGGCAGUUUAGAACUGCACAGCCUGGAAGGGUAUGGAGUGGACGCAUUCCUGCAGAUCUCGAAGCUUGGCAAUAAGAACGAGCAGGUUACUACUCGGGCGGCGAUUGAUGCGGUUUCCAGUCGUGACGUCGUGGCCAAGAUCAAGAUGAAACGCAUUAGCUCCCCAGUGGAUGACAACAUUCCUAUUUAUAUCUUCAUCCUCCUCUUUGCAAUUCUCCUCCUCUCUUUUCUGGCCACCGAUUUCAAACCUCGAUCUACCAAACCUGAACAAUAA